AUGAAUACAGUCAACGUUUUUAGAUACAAUCUAAUCGUUUUAACUCUUCUACUUAUUACCAACUCAUCCAUGGCUUGGAAGUCGAGCGGUAGCACACAUACAGAACUUAUAAACAAUUUAUUCAGAAAUCGAGUAAUUUCAUCUGAGAUUGUCAAGAAUACUAUGCUUUCCGUGGAUCGUGGGUACUUUGCCAGAUCGAAUUCUUACGAAGACCGACCAUCCUCUAUCGGCUAUGCCGCGACUAUCAGUGCUCCUCAUAUGCAUGCUUAUGCUCUGGAAGCAUUAAGAGAUCAUCUUAAACCUGGUGCACAUGCUUUAGAUGUUGGAUCAGGUAGUGGAUAUUUAACGGCGUGUAUGGCUCUUAUGGUAGGCCCUACUGGUGUUGCUGUAGGCAUAGAACAUAUUGAUGAAUUGACUAAAUUUUCUCUGUCUAAUGUUGAAAAUUGGUUUAAUCAUAGCCAAAAUGCUCGAUUAUCUGGAAUUGAAUUAGGAAAACAACUUAAACUAGUUACUGGUGAUGGUCGUGAAGGAUGGGUGCCAGAUGCACCUUAUGAUGCAAUUCACGUAGGUGCAGCGGCUCCAGUUAUUCCUAAUGCACUAAAAGAACAAUUGAAAAUUGGUGGUCGUUUAAUUUGUCCUGAAGGACCAGAAGGUGGAAAUCAAGCAUUAGUUCAAAUUGAUCGUUUGCAAGAUGGUUCCUUUCAAAGAAAAUCUUUAAUGGGUGUGAUUUAUGUUCCGUUAACCGAUAAAGAUCGACAAGUUGGGCCAAGGAGGUGGCAUUAA